UUCAGGCCCCGCUGGUUCACGUCGUGCUUAGUCCGUCACUGGGCCCGGGUGUGCGGAGCGACCCGAGAGCCGAGCUGCCGUGCCCCAGUGAGCAGGGCCCGGUUACCGAGCAUCGCCGUGAGGCCGUUGUAAAGGCCAGUUAAACGCGCACGAUCACUAACGAACCGUGGUAGAAUCGUUCACAAAGUCUCUCGGAGCUGCAUGAGGAGACAGGCGGUGCUCAGCGCUCACUGCGGUGCCAGUUCCACUGACAGUCUCAUUGGGUGACCCUUGCAGGACCUGCCACCGGCCCGGUCAUGGUUUUGUGACUUUAAACCAAAGCUUCCACUGAGUACCCGGUACACAGGCAGAAAUCGGAUACUUUAGACACAGAAGAUUUUUGGACAAGUGGGGAAAGACAUAAAAAAAAGCAACAAUAAAAAUAAAAAAUUAAAACCACAAAUAGAGCUGUGGAGGAAGAUUGUACCAGGAAAACUGCAGAGACACCCCACCAGCUCAUCCAUCCAAGCCACAGAGAUGAUGAUGAUGAUGAAGGAAGAUUGUAACUAAGGAAGAGAGUGAUUUACGGCACCGGGAAGGACAGGAGAGUGGAAUAAACAGCUGAGAUCCGGUCAAAACACAAAUACUGAUUUUUUUACUCCUGUUGUUGUUGUUUUGUUUGGCUUUUUCCCCUCUUUCUCCGUCUCGGGGGUGCGCGGGCGCCGAGCGGACCCGGCGCUGCCCCCCCCCCGGCCCGGCCCGCGGGAGCCAUGGACGAUCAGUCCAGGAUGCUGCAGACUCUGGCCGGCGUCAACCUGGCCGGGCACUCGGUGCAGGGGGGCAUGGCCCUGCCUCCUCCCCACGGACACGACGGGGCAGACGGCGACGGCAGGAAGCAGGACAUCGGCGACAUCCUCCAUCAGAUCAUGACCAUCACUGACCAAAGCCUGGAUGAGGCACAAGCAAAGAAGCACGCGUUGAACUGCCACAGGAUGAAACCCGCCUUGUUCAGCGUCCUCUGCGAGAUCAAGGAGAAAACAGGUUUGAGCAUCCGAGGAGCCCAGGAGGAAGACCCUCCCGAUCCCCAGCUAAUGAGACUAGACAAUAUGCUUCUGGCAGAAGGAGUCUCAGGUCCGGAGAAAGGUGGGGGAUCGGCGGCAGCAGCUGCAGCCGCAGCAGCCUCUGGAGGGUCUUCAGAUAACUCUAUUGAACACUCAGAUUACAGAGCCAAAUUGACCCAGAUCAGACAAAUCUAUCACACAGAGCUGGAGAAAUAUGAACAGGCAUGUAAUGAAUUUACCACACAUGUGAUGAACCUUCUCAGAGAACAGAGCCGGACACGUCCCAUUUCUCCCAAGGAGAUUGAAAGGAUGGUGGGCAUCAUUCAUCGAAAAUUCAGCUCCAUCCAGAUGCAACUCAAACAAAGUACUUGUGAAGCAGUAAUGAUUUUAAGAUCAAGGUUCCUCGAUGCCAGACGGAAAAGGCGUAACUUCAGUAAACAAGCCACGGAAAUCUUGAAUGAGUAUUUCUACUCCCACCUCAGUAACCCCUACCCCAGUGAAGAAGCCAAAGAAGAGCUGGCAAAGAAAUGCAGCAUCACGGUAUCGCAGGUGUCCAACUGGUUUGGCAAUAAGAGAAUCAGGUACAAGAAGAACAUCGGGAAGUUCCAGGAAGAAGCCAAUCUCUACGCGGCAAAGACGGCUGUGACCGCAGCACACGCCGUGGCCGCAGCGGUCCAGAACAACCAGACAAACUCCCCCACUACACCAAACUCUGGUUCUUCUGGUUCUUUUAACCUCCCAAAUUCUGGGGACAUGUUCAUGAACAUGCAGAGUCUGAAUGGGGAUUCUUACCAGGGGUCCCAAGUCGGAGCCAAUGUGCAGUCACAGGUGGAUACCCUGCGUCAUGUUAUCAAUCAGACGGGAGGAUACAAUGAUGGCUUGGGAGGAAAUUCACUGUACAGUCCACAUAAUUUAAAUGCUAAUGGAGGCUGGCAGGACGCAACUACUCCAUCUUCUGUGACUUCCCCUACAGAAGGGCCGGGAAGUGUGCACUCUGAUACCUCUAACUAAUCUCCUAGCAACACUUUUUCCCUGAGCUGAGAUGCCUUGAUUAGUGCAUUCAGAGCCACAGGAGAAAAAGGAAAAGAGUUUUUUUGUAGCCAACCACCUACAGCUUUACUGUAAAACCUUGUCUUAUUAGAAAACUUGGUAAAUCUGUUUUUUAAAGGUAUCAUAAUCAUUUGUAUUUAUACUUAAAACACACAAUGUUAAAAAGCACUUUAUCCAAUUAGGCCAAGAUUUAGCAUUGUUUAUAGCCCUGUAACUAUUUUAUCAUAAUUUAUUAUCAGCAGUUUUAACAAUGUUGGUCUAACAGUUGCCAAUUACUUGGCCUUAAGGGUAAAAGUACAGGACAAGCUUAACCUCAAUAGCAAGAGCAGACACAAAGAACCGCCUCACCUAAAUUUAACUUUGUGCAUAUUUCCAUGGAAGGUCGGAAUGAAUUGCAGACUUUGAUUGUGUUUAAUCUUUUCAUAUCUCUUAUAGAGUUGGAAUAAAAAGGAGCUGUUCGGUAAUUUCGGUUAACAAUGGUUGUGUUUAAGAAUCCUUAUUCGUCACAUUUUUGUUGUGAUCUGUUGUCUUACAAAUUAGAUUGGAAACCAGGAGCAUCUUUUCUUGCUAAAACUACCCCGGACCCUGAUCUCCUCCCUGUGUUUUGACACCGGCCAUAGGUUGUUCUUAGGAGAUGAAGACACUUGCUGCUGAUGUCUGUGAAAGCCAAGACCCGGGGUUUUACAGUACGAGCUAGGUGCUGCACACGCCUGCCAAGACUUGGUACCUCUUCUUGGCAGCACACCGCAAACAAAGGAAAAAGGCAAAGGAAAAAAGCACCAUCAUAUGGAGUGUUGUACAUAGUGUAGCAAAAGAGUAUUUAUACAUCUCACCAAUCAAACACAGCUUUAUUACCUCAUGCGAACUCAUACAAACCAAUAGACUUUCAACAUGUUCUGUAGCUUAGAGUGCUCACUUACUACCUCUGAACGAUACUCACGCUGUAGUUUGUCUCUUUCUUAUCUUUUUUGCAUCUUGUAAUUAACUCUUUGUUUCCCCAUGAAAUGUAAUGUACAUUGUAAUCUUUUAAAAGAAUCAGGGUUGCUUGGGCAACUUUUAAAGAAGCGAAAAGUGGGAACAUGGGGGUCUUGGGUUUAACACAAACCAGUGCAACUGUUGUAAAUACUGAGAAACAUUUUGAAUGUUCUUCAUCUUGUUACUAAUCCACACAGAAACCCAACAACUAAUUGUAAUGCAUACAGACUUCAGUAUUCAGUACUGUAUAUUGCCCCCUGUGUAACAGGGGGCCCUUUCUUUCUCUCUUUUGUAUUGUAUGCGAUUCUGAAACUGAUUGAGUCAUGAAAAUAAUUUGUGGCAGUGAUUCUAAUGUAUUAAACCGUUUCGUGUUACUUUCUAACUGGAUUACACCCUGGAUUGAAAAGUCUUCCUCGUGGUAGUUAUAUGUAGUUUCAAACAUGAAUAAACUUUUUGCUUUCAUGAUCAAA